UUGGAAGAAUGAUCCUUACAUUGGUGGCCACUGAAAAGAAUGCUCUUUUCAUUGCUGGUCAGUGGGAAAAAUGCCCCUUACAUUGGUGGUCAGUGGGAAGAAUGCCCCUUACAUUGGUGGUCAAUGGAAAGAAUGCCCCCUACAUUGGUGGUCAAUGGAAAUAAUGCCCCUUACAUUGGUGGUCAGCUAGAAAGAAUGUUCCUUACAUUGGUGCUCAGUGCAAAGGAUACCUCUCUUACAUUGAUGGCCAGUAGGAAGAAUGUUCCUUACAUUGGUGGUCAGUGGGAAGAAUGCCCUUAUAUUGGUGGUUAGUAGGAAGAGCGUUCCUUACAUUGGUGGUCAGUGGGAAGAAUGCCCUUAUAUUGGUGGUCAGUAGGAACAGCGUUCCUUACAUUGGUGGUCAGUGGGCAAGAAUGCCCUUAUAUUGGUGGUCAGUAGGAAGAGCGUUCCUUACAUUGGUGGUCAGUGGGAAGAAUGCCCUUAUAUUGGUGGUCAGUAGGAA